AUCCGCGCUGAAGAGAACUCCAGUGAUGUCUUUCUUCGAGGAUCCGAAUCCGCUUCUUUUCCUCCUCGGCCGUGUCCGCCACCAUGCUCGUCUCUUCACCGAAGAAGCUUAUCUGCGGUGAGAUGCGGUGGCGGCGAAGGUGCGGAGGAGUGCCGGAAUGAUGCGGCAGCGAUGAAGCUGAAACUGAUUGCGAUAGCGACGAUUCUGGUCGCCGGUGUUGCGGGUGUGGCGAUUCCGUUGGUCGGGAGGAAGCGUCGGAUGAUGAGGACUGAUGGUUCUUUGUUUGUUCUGGCGAAGGCGUUCGCGGCCGGCGUUAUACUGGCGACGGGGUUUGUUCAUAUGUUGCACGACGCGCAGGCGGCGCUGACGAGCCCUUGUUUGCCGUCGAUGCCAUGGCGGAAGUUUCCGUUCUCGGGGUUCAUAGCCAUGGUGGCGGCUCUGGGAACGUUGGUGGUUGACUUUGUUGGGACGCAAUACUAUGCGCAGAAGCACCGAGAGGAGGCGAUGGGUGUGAAAGCGACUGCGGCCGCGGCGAUCGCGGCGGUUGAGGAGGGCAUCUCAGCCGUGCCCGAAGCGCCGGAGACGGCAGAGGGCGAUAAGGACGCGAUGCACAUCGUCGGGAUGCACGCGCACGCGGCCGCGCAUCGGCACAGCCACGCGCAUGGGCAUCGCGCGUGCGAUGGCAGCGACGUCGCGCAGCACACGCACAGCCAUGGGCACGCGCAUGAAGACGAAAGCGAAGUGCCAUCCCAUGUGCGCCAUGUCGUCGUCUCUCAGAUUCUAGAGCUUGGUAUCGUUUCACAUUCGGUGAUCAUUGGGUUGUCGCUGGGAGUGUCUCGGAGCCCGUGCACUAUCCGGCCACUUGUGGCGGCGCUGUCAUUCCACCAGUUCUUCGAAGGUUUUGCAUUGGGAGGCUGCAUUUCACAAGCCCAGUUUAAGAACUUUGCUGCAGGACUAAUGGCAAGCUUCUUUGCGAUCACUACACCAUUGGGGAUUGCGGCGGGGGCUGGGGCGGCUUCCUUUUAUGACUCUUAUAGCCCGAGAGCGCUGGUUAUUGAAGGUUUGCUCGAUUCAGUGUCGGCUGGGAUUCUUAUUUACAUGGCUCUAGUGGAUCUCAUUGCUGCUGAUUUCUUGAGUAGGGAGAUGAGCUGCAAUUUCCGGUUGCAGGCUGCAUCAUAUACUGCUUUGUUUCUUGGUGCUGCUUCAAUGUCUGCCCUUGCUAUCUGGGCUUAAAUGGUGAGCGACAUCUGUACCUUUGUAUAGUGUGUUCAGUUUUGUUUGGUUGAAGUGUAGGCUAUCUUGCCUUCAAGUUAACAACAAACGUGUAUACUUCUUUCACAAGGGAAGAAUGAAUUUGAUCAAUUUUACAGUGAAACAGUUAUUGAGCUUCACUUUGUGUUUCCAUGUAUUGUUUGGUCUGAGAGAAUUGUUUA